GCUGCCUAUAUAUACGAGGCCAUCUGACGAGCAGAACACAAGUGCAAACGUGCAGCAGCAGAGGCAGCAACACCUCCCCUGUUCUUGCUCUGUUUCCUCACUCUGUUGGUACACAACAAAAAGAAGAAGCUUAAUUAGGUGGUUUUUGAUCUGAUCACGCGCCAUGGUGGCGAUCACGGCGCCGAGCUCCAUCGAGCACAUCCCGCUGGUGAGGUGCCCCAAGGGCGCCAAUGCCGGGCCGCAAGCUGUCAUCCCGUGCAUCGACCUGUCGGCACCGGGCGCGGCGGCGGCGGUGGCCGACGCGUGCCGCACCCUGGGGUUCUUCAAGGCGACCAACCACGGCGUCCCCGCGGGGCUCGCCGACGCGUUGGAGUCGAGCGCCAUGGCGUUCUUCGCGCUCCCGCACCAGGAGAAGCUCGACAUGUCCGGCCCCGCCCGGCCCCUCGGCUACGGCAGCAAGAGCAUCGGGUCGAACGGCGACGUGGGGUGGCUGGAGUACCUCCUCCUCUCGGCCGGCGCCGCCUCGUCCGGCGGCGCGGCGCUGCCGGCGGCGCUGAGGGCGGCGGUGGAGGCGUACACGGGGGCGGUGAGGGGGGUGGGGUGCAGGGUGAUGGAGCUGAUGGCGGAGGGGCUGGGGCUGGGGGCGUCGGAGGAGGGGAGGUGCGUGCUGCGGCGGAUGGUGGUGGGGUGCGAGGGCAGCGACGAGAUGCUGCGGGUGAACCACUACCCGCCGUGCCUCCUCCCGCCGGGCCGCGACCGGGACGAGUGCGGCGUGACGGGCUUCGGGGAGCACACGGACCCACAGAUCAUCUCCGUGCUCAGGUCCAACUGCACCGCGGGCCUCCAGAUCCUCCUCCGCGGAGACUACUCCUCCCCUGCCCGCUGGGUCCCCGUGCCCCCCGACCCCGAUUCCUUCUUCGUCAACGUCGGCGACUCCCUCCAAGUGUUGACGAAUGGGAGGUUCAGGAGCGUGAAGCACAGGGUGUUGGCGCCGGAGGGGGAGGAGUCGAGGCUGUCGGUGAUCUACUUCGGCGGGCCAGCGGCGUCGCAGCGGAUCGCGCCGCUGGAGCAGGUGAUGCGGGAGGGGGAGCAGAGCCUGUACAGGGAGUUCACCUGGGGGGAGUACAAGAAGGCCGCCUACAAGACGCGCCUCGGCGACAACCGCCUCGGCCCCUACGAGCUGCAGCACGCCGCUGCCAACGAUGAGGCCGCGACGAAGAAAUAAAUCGAUCAACCCGACGACUGUGAACAACUGUGAAGUGUUACUGUACUAGUGUAGUUAGCUCCGUGGUACUGGUAGCUGUGAAUAUGAUCGAGAUCGAUCGAUCGAUCGAUCUAUCCUUGUGUUGUGUUACUUUUAACCCAUUUCUGGUAACUAAAGGCCGCCGUUGCCUUGGCUUGCUUGGCCAGCCCAAAACUGGCACUGGCGAGCUGCCUCCUCCUGCAUGCCUCUGCUGUGCAGUAGUGCAGCAGUACUCCUCUGUCCUGGGGUUUUCUGCAGCAGAGCAGUGGAGUGCAGUUCAGUGCAGCGUUGUGCAUGUUGUGUAAAAUAGCUUGCCGCAUGCAUAUGUGAUUAUGUGCUGCUCCUGUCGACGCUGCCGCCCCUUUUGUAGCAUGGUUUUUACCGGCUGGGCGGUCGGCAGGUGCAGUAGUAGCUAAUGAUGCUUACUGCGCCAUACGAGUGUACCUAUAUGUGUGCUAUAUGUGUGCUACCUCCGUUCCAAAAUAAGUGCAGUCGUGGAUAU